AUGGAGGCGCCGGAGGAGGAUAGCCAGGCUGCGGUCGCCGACGGCGAGGAUGCGCCUCCGGCCCAGAAGCUCUCCAAGAACGCCCGGAAGAAGCAGCAGAAGCAGGAGUUCCGGGAGAAGCGGAAGGCUGAGAGGAAGGCCGCCGAGAAGGAGAAGAAGAAGCGAGAGCUGGAGAGGAAGCGGCGGGAGUGGGACGAGAAGCUCGCCGGAGCGUCCGAGGAGGAGCGAGUGCGUCUGGUGGAGUCCCGAAGAGAGGCGAGAAGGGAGCGAAUGGAGCAGAGGUCUGAGGAGCGGGAGAUGAAGAUCGCGCGGCUUAGGGGGGCCACCGAGGUGGGGCAGAAGCUGGUGCUUGACCUCGAGUUCGGCCACCUAAUGUCUCCCAGUGAGAUCCACAGUCUCGUGCAUCAGGUAUGCCGUUUUCUUCGUUCUUUUUCUAUCGUCUGCCAAUACCUUGACUGGCUGAAAAUAAGCGUCCAGUUUGAAUCUCUCCUAGGAUUCCAUAUAUACUUAGUCUCUUCCUUAGGAUGUUACCUCUGUUGCCUGGCUGGCUUUUUGAGCUGCAUUCUAUUUCAUUAAUCCCAUGUCCAAGACUUCCUUUGGACUUGCUCACAGGUGAAUCUAGUGGAACCUAGUAGAUAAUGUCCUACGCACCGUCCUAUAUUAUAGAACUUGUGAAACAUAUGCUUGCUCGCUUGAAAUGUAGGUCCAUAAGUUAUGCUGUAACUAGGUUCAGACUGGCAUGUAAAUUCAACAUGAAACUAUGAAUUCCUUUUUGCGCCUCGGUAGUUCUUUCUGAAGGCCGUGGGAACAAUUCUAGAGGAACUUAGUGGUUGAUGAAGUUGCCAUCAAUGUUUCUUCUCUUAAAAAUGCGGUUCGCUUUUAUAAUUCUGUUGAAUAAGCUAAUGAGAGUUGCAGGUCAUGUAUUGUUAUGCAGUCAAUGGAAAGUCUACAUCACCGGCUCAUCUGUGGUUGACUGGAUGCACAGGAGAAAUCGACAGCCAGUUGAAGAAACUCCCAGGAUAUGAAAAAUGGAUAAUUGAAAGGGAGAGCAGAUCUUACAUUGAUGCCCUGCACCAUGAGAAGGAAAAUAUGGUUUACUUAACUGCAGAUGCAGAGGUUGAACUUCACGAGCUCGAUCUGAAGAAAAUAUAUAUAAUUGGCGGCUUGGUUGAUCGCAACAGAUGGAAAGGGAUAACACAGAGGAAAGCAAAAGAACAGGGAAUACAGUCUGCAAAGCUUCCCAUUGGUGGGUACCUCAAGAUGUCCAGCUCCAAGGUAAUUUAGAUUUUUAUUCAAUAAAUAUCUGUGCAGAAUUGAACUAGCAAAAUUUUUUCCUGCACUUAAAACCCGAAUAUCUCAUAUAAAAUGAUACUUGCGUUACCAACAACCGGACAGAAUGAACCAUGUUGAUUCAGGUUGUUUCUAGAUCUUGCUGCUACUGACCGUGAUUAAUUAUUAGGUCAGUGAAUUAGAUUGAGCAAGAUUCUAAAGAUUACCAUAUGGUUUUCUAUCUCCUGCAGUGGUGGCUAUAGCUUCUCGGUUUGGUUUUGGUUUUUAUGGACGGGGUGUUUAUUCAAACUUUGUUAAAUUUUGAAAUAUAUAAAAUUUUCUCUAAGAGUUCUUGUAUUCAUAUUUUCUGAAGCAGGUUCUCACCGUAAACCAAGUUGUUGAGAUUUUGCUGAAAUUCUUGGAAACAAAGGACUGGAAGGCUUCAUUCUUCAAGGUGAUUCCCCAAAGGAAAAUAUGUGAGGAGGAACCUGAAAGCAGAAAUGAAGAUGCCUUAACAGACAUAGAGGAGGCGGGUGAUGAAGGUGAUGCUGAUUCUGGGGCGGAGGAGAAUGCAGAGGACGAGGUCGAGGGUGAGAGAAAAAGGAUGCGCAUGGAAGGCACCAUUGAUGGUUCAGGGUGA